AUUAACAGCCAGAAAGAACAAUUCAAGUUUGCGUGCUAGAAGAAUUUCGAAAGGAAUCGGAUCAAAGAAAAAAGUGAAAAAUGGCACUAACGAUAGCUCUUCCUUUAUCCGGCCUCGAGCCUGAACAUUUCGCUUCCAUGGGAGCCAGACUGUUGUACGAACAGGGUCUGAGAACUUUGGCUGGUUACGCACCGAUCUCACCGAGCACCGCGAGCGAAUCGAGUGGAAUCUGUAGCUUUACUCCCUCGACAGAUUCAUUGACACCGGAACAAACGCCGACUUCGUCCAGGCCAGAGACACCCGACGAAUCAGCCAGAAAACCAGACGAGCCACCUCUCCGAAUCUAUUACAAACAACGAGAUAUUUUAAAUUUGGGUGCGAACAUCAGAGAACCCUUCUGGCAGAUGAGAGUCCCGACAAUGCCUCGCUACGAUUACAAAAGCUUUAUGGAGAACAGAUCGGUCUAUUUUCGUUUAGGUGAAUACGGUCUGACGGAGGACUACCCAACGAGAAUUUGUAAGGACUGCGGCUUCUGCGAACCGUCGCCGUACUUGUUUUAAUUAUACAUCGAC